AUGCUGAGUCGCCUUGCUCUUAUACUAGUUGUCGCCGCUUGCGGCUCCUGCAUGGAAAUGCGGGAGACCGUUGAACGCAUGGUGAUGGUCCGCACUACCGGAUCUGACCUUCAACCUGCCGCCUCAGGCUACAUAUACAAAAAGAAAAACGAUGGAAAAGAAAGUGUAAUCGAAAUGGGUGAAAGUGAAAUCAUGGAACAAUUAGCUAAGCUUUACGAACAACCGAAAAGUGAAGAACGUAUAAUUCCUGUAAAAGAGAAACAGGAAGAUCACGUUGACGGUAUAGCUGAUGACGAUUACAAGAAGAUCUUUGAUGAAUAUACUUCGCAUUAUGGUGACAGUAAAGCCUAUGACGAUUACCUACGUAGUUUGAGUCAUUUUGGUGAUGGACUAUAUAGUGGAUACGAAGGAGAUAAUAAACAUGAUGACGAAGGAUUUAAAGGAUAUAAUAAAAAACAGCGCUAUGGAGACGGUAAAGCUGGAGACUAUCACAACGAAAAAUAUGAAAGUUAUGCCUAUUCAGGCAGUGAUCGUAAGGGAGACGAAACCAAAGUUCAUGAAAAACACAACGGACAUAAUCAAAACGAAGAGGAUGGAAAGAAAUCUUCUCUCGACAAGGCAGAUGCCCACGGAUUUUAUAAAGUCUUCGAUAAAGAUGACAACCAACGCCAAAAAGACCAUCAGAUUUAUGACAACAAAGACAAAAUCGGUUUCCAUAAAUUUGCAAACGGACAUAAAUAUCACGGAGAACAAGACAGAGGAUAUGAUAAAGAUGGUUCUCACGAAUCAAGACAUGAAGUCGACUUUGGAAGAAGCGGGCACCAUGAUGAAGGUUCAGGAACAGAAGCAGAUUCUGACCAUUCCUCAGAAGAAAAAAAAUCAUCUAGUGAAAAACAUGGAGAUUAUGGAUCAAAGGUCGGACAGAUUGCAAGCCGAGGCUACGGCUUCAAGAUUAAGCAUUGA